AAAGUAAUUUUCUUACAGGAUUCAAAGAAAUCUUCAGAAAAAAAAGUUGAAAAAAGAAUCGAGAAAAAAGUGAGAAAAGAGCCUAAGGAUGCAUCAAAGAAUAUUAUGCGUGAAGUACGCAUUCGUAAACUUUGUUUGAAUAUUUGUGUGGGUGAAUCUGGUGAUAGACUAACCCGUGCUGCAAAGGUAUUAGAACAAUUAACUGGACAACAACCUGUAUUUUCCAAAGCAAGAUAUACUGUUCGAUCUUUUGGAAUUCGUCGUAAUGAAAAAAUUGCAGUACAUUGCACAGUACGAGGUGCUAAAGCAGAAGAAAUUCUUGAACGUGGAUUGAAAGUACGAGAAUAUGAAUUACGAAAAGAAAAUUUUUCUGGUACCGGAAACUUUGGUUUUGGUAUUCAAGAACAUAUUGACUUAGGAAUUAAAUAUGAUCCUAGCAUUGGUAUUUAUGGUUUGGACUUCUAUGUUGUUCUCGGACGCCCAGGUUUCAAUGUAGCUCACAGAAGAAGAAAAACUGGAAAAGUCGGUUUUCAACAUAGACUUACCAAAGAAGAUGCAAUGAAGUGGUUUCAACAGAAAUAUGAUGGUAUUAUUAUAGCUGGAAAGAAAUAAUUACAUAAUUUGUAUUUUACAUUUCUUUCAUAAAACUUUUAAAAAUAAAAUACCUGUUUAAAAAAU